UUAGCUCUGCUUUAUAUUGUAAAGGUAUUUGAUUAAUAUGAAGAAUAUACGCUUUAAAAGGGCACUGUCAAUUACUUCAUAUAUUUAUUUAAACUUUCAUUGUGUUUGCCCUUUUCAGCAGAAGCAGAAGUCUCUGCUCCCGGUUUUUCUCCCUGUCCUUUUGUCAAAUAUUGCAUAGUAAUGUUUCUAGUGUCAGAGCCAGCACAACUGCUUUAUUUACCUUUUGUUUCUACACCAGCAUUGCUGAUGUCAUCAGGAAUAUUCCCAUAAGUGCUGGGAAUAUUUAUAGGAAGAUGUGGUCUAUGGGGGCCUAAACCAAAACCCAGGACUCAAGAUCUCCCCUCCCUGGAUUUUGUGGAAGUUCAUAUCUGGCUCUGAUCUCUGCAGCUUGGGGCUAUAUUUGUUAGCGAGUUGCUGCAACAAAGCAAGCACCUUGAAUGUGGUGGUCUGUUGCAUCUUACUAAAACUGUGGGGUAAAAACACAGUUGUUAUAGGAGAGUGGCUGAUAGCUCAGCCUGUUGUUAAGGUUUCCCAACAUUUCCCAUUAUAACAUCCAGUUUGCAGUUGCUUGUAACUGCCAAACUUUAAGCAUUAAUUAGAGGUAAUAUUUCCUAUACUGGUUUUCAGCCUGAUGCUGAAUUUUUUUUUUUUUAAAUGUCAGCCAGAACUAUUUAACGUGAGGCUCUGUGCCCACUAGAGAGCCCUCCAGAGCCUAGAAUGGAACACGUGAUUCCUAAAUCUCAGCCAUCCUCUCUUGUCAGCAAACAUCUGUGAAACCCUCCAGCAGCUGUCCCCCAGUGCCCAACACUGAGUGCUCUGGUCUCAGUUACAAACUGAACUGUCCAGGGGUUAUGGAGACGAGAAGCUCUUCUCCCCCCAACACAAGCUUACAAAAAUGCACAGGGUUUUAAGUGCCUUUUCCUGAUUGCCCAGCUUGGCGAGCACACCUAGCGCUUUCCACUGCUGUGUGCUACUGCCCAGCUGAACAUGCCAACUACAUGCUCAAGACACGCUCUGGCCUGGAGUAGACAGGCGAUAUUGGAUCUCCUGAGCCUGUGGGAAGAAGAGGCUGUGCAGGCACAGCUACAGACCAGCUGUAGAAAUGUGGACAUCUAUGAGCAGAUUAUGUGAGGAAUGCAGAAGGGGGUAUGACAGGGAUCUGAAGCAGUGCUGCAUGAAAGCGAAAGAAUUGCAGUGGGCAUACCAGAAGGCCAGGGAGGCCAACAGUCGAUCUGGUGCCAAGCUGCAGACCUGCUAAUUUUUCAAAGUGUUGUAUGUCAUAUGUGGUGGAGAUCUCACCAGCACCUUGCCUGCAACCAUGAAUACUUCUGAAGUACCUGAGUCACAGGCUGCUGGCGAGAACAGAGAGGAGGAGGGACAUGCUACCGGGAGUCCAGCUAUGCCACAAGCCAGGGCCUGUUUGAUAGUCUAUCACACUCCAGUGAGUUCCGGCAGUUGAAUACAGGCAAGUCUGAUGGAGGGGAAAGAACCCCAGGGUAAGUAUGUAAUUGUAAUUCUUAUUACUAUAAUAUACUGAUGGUGUCCCCAGCUUAACAGGACACUGCUAUUGACUUUUUGUUAACUUACUUAUACCAGAAGAGCUAGUCGUACAACAAGGAGAGGUAAAGUCAUCUGCUUUUCAUUCCCCUGUAGAGUUAGGUGCGGGGACGAUGGCAUGUGGAGCAGUUUGUGUAUGUACACUGGGAUGUCCCUCAAAUCCUCCUGAGAGAUCUUAAGACAACUUUCAUGGGGGCACUCUGCAAUCCUCUCCAGAGGGUUUCUAAGGAUGGCAGCCUUAUUUCUUCCUCUGCAGUAGGACACUUUCCCAUGCCAGUCAGCGAUAAUUUUGGCAGGCACAAUUGCAAUAAACAGGCUAGCAGCAUAUGAGCCUUUGUGUCUUCAGAACUCCACCAGCAGCUGUAUUCUCUGUGCCUUCGUCACGCUCACGAGUGAGAUAUCUACUAAAAUCACCACUGCUUAUGGAAGACGGUGCCAAUGUUCAGUGCCAUUGCCUGGUUCUCAUAGUUUCAUGCACCUGAGCAAUUCUCUCAUUUCUCUUGUCCCUGCCAGGUCAAACUCCUCAUGACUGCUGCUAUGAGUUGGCCCGUACACAAGCACUCUGAAGCAAAAGUGUCAAUAAGCAUGUCUUGUUUAAAAUUGUAGGGGAGCAAGAGAAGGGAGUUCUGAAUCUUAACUUUCACCUUCCAUGGUGACUGUACCAACAAUGGUACCUCUGUGUGUUUUACCUAUAGCUGCAGCAGUUGCAGUGUUGAGUGAUUCCUUCUCCACACCCAUGGAACGUCUGCACUAGGCAAGGAGGAGAAAGAAGAGGACUCAUGGUGACAUGUUCAGUGAGAUCUAGUGCUGUGUCAGAUCCUUAGCAGAGAGUCUGGAGGGUGAAUAUUACAGACUGUGUGGAAAAGGGAAGAGCGGACAGGAGACAGGUGCAGAAAAAGGAGAGGGAGAUGCAUCAGGACAUAAUGGGCUUCUCCAGCAGCGGAAACUGGUGCUGCAGACUCUUGUGGAACUACAGAUUGAACAGUCAUGGGCUCGCCUCCCUUUGCAGUCCACAGAUAACUCUAUUACAGCAUCUCCCUACACCUCCUGCCCCAACAUUCCAUGGAGCAUUGGGCUGCAUCCCUACCAUUGCCACUCCACCUUGGGGAAGAUUAGAGCCAGCCACAACUUCACAUGCAGUGACCUGAGAGCCAUAGUUGAUGGUUCACAGAAAGAGCUGUUGAAUUUGACUCAGCAGGAUUACAUGCAUCGGAUUGAAGACCUCAAUCAGUCACUGAAGGACGCCUGGGCCUCUGAUCAGAAAGUAAAAGCUCUAAAAAUAGUUAUCCAGUGUUCUAAACUUCUUUCGGACACAACAGUAAUCCAGUUUUAUCCAAGUAAAUUUGUUCUAAUUACAGAUAUACUUGAUACGUUUGGAAAACUAGUAUAUGAAAGAAUUUUAUCCAUGUGUCUGGAUAAUCGCGGCUCUUUACCAGAUAAUUUUACUCCAGAAAGUGUUAAUGAUACUGCCAAAGAAACCUGUUUAAACUGGUUCUUCAAGAUUGCUUCAAUCAGAGAGCUCAUUCCCAGAUUCUAUGUGGAAGCAGCAAUAUUGAAAUGCAACAAGUUUCUGUCCAAAACGGGAAUUUCAGAAUGUCUCCCGCGACUAACGACUAUGAUUAGAGGAAUUGGAGAUCCACUGGUUGCAGUCUAUGCAAGGGCGUACCUGUGCAGGGUUGGGAUGGAAGUGGCUCCUCAUCUUAAAGAGAGCCUUAACAAGAAUUUUUUUGACUUCCUUCUAACAUUUAAGCAAAUGCAUGGAGAUACUGUUCAGAAUCAGCUGGUAGUGCAGUGUGUGGAGAUUCCAUUGUAUUUGACUCUCUACUCUCCUGCUAUAGAUUGGAUUUUACAGUGUAUUGCAUACCGUGCUCCCGAGAUUCUGCUUACCGAGAUGAUGGAGAGAUGCAAGAAACUGGGGAACAAUGCCUUGCUGUUGAAUUCAGUGAUGUCAGCAUUCAGAGCAGAGUUUAUUGCUGCAAGAUCUAUGGAUUUUAUUGGCAUGAUUAAAGAGUGUGAUGAAUCUGGAUUCCCCAAGCAUCUUCUCUUUCGCUCUUUGGGGUUAAACUUGGCCAUGGCUGAUCCUCCUGAAUGUGAUCGCCUUCAGAUAUUAAAUGAAGCCUGGAAGGUUAUCACAAAAUUGAAGAACCCACAGGAUUAUAUUAACUGUGCAGAUGUGUGGGUGGAGUAUACCUGCAGACACUUUACGAAGCGUGAGGUCAAUACUGUUUUGGCAGAUGUUAUCAAACACAUGACUCCAGAUCGUGCGUUCGAAGAUGCCUAUCCACAGCUUCAGUCAAUUAUUCAGAAAAUUAUCACCUAUUUCCAUGACUUUUCUGUACUUUUUUCAGCGGAGAAAUUCUUACCAUUCCUGGAUAUGUUCCAGAAAGAAAGUGUGAGAGUGGAGGUUUGCAAGUGCAUUAUGGAAGCUUUUAUUAAACAUCAACAAGAUGCUACUAAAGACCCUGUCAUACUCAAUGCUCUUCUACACGUGUGCAAGACCAUGCACGAUUCUGUGAAUGCACUAACACUUGAAGAUGAAAAGAGAAUGUUAGCAUCUUUGAUAAAUGGAUUUAUAAAAAUGGUAUCGUUUGGCCGGGACUUUGAGCAGCAGCUGAGUUUUUAUGUUGAAGCUAGGUCAAUGUUUUGCAAUCUGGAGCCUGUUCUUGUCCAGCUGGUUCAUUCUGUGAACCAACUGGCAAUGGAAACAAGAAGAGUGAUGAAAGGAAAUCAUUCCAGAAAGACAGCCGCAUUUGUCAGGGCUUGUGUUGCCUUCUGCUUCAUUACAAUUCCAUCUCUGACUAGUAUCUUUGCACGUCUUAAUUUGUACCUGAACUCUGGACAGGUUGCCCUGGCAAAUCAGUGCCUUUCACAAGCUGAUGCUUUUUUCAAAGCUGCAGUGAGCAUUGUUCCUGAAGUGCCAAAGAUGAUCAAUAUAGAUGGGAAGAUGCGGCCCUCUGAACCAUUCCUCCUGGAAUUCUUCUGUAAUUUCUUUUCCACUUUAUUAAUUGUGCCUGACCAUCCAGAACAGGGAGUGUUGUUUCUGGUGCGAGGACUACUCAAUGUGAUCCAGGAUUAUACAUGGGAGGAUAAUAGUGAUGACAAAGUUCGGAUUUACACCAAUGUUUUGCAUCUUCUCUCUGCAAUGACUCAGGAGGCCUAUAUCUACCACAUAGACAAAGUUGAUUCCAAUGACACCCUCUAUGGUGGAGACUCCAAGUUCCUGACUGAAAUUAACAAGCUGUGUGAGGCGGUGAUUGCUCAGAUCCUGGACCAUCUGAAGACCCUUGGACAGGAGGAGACUCUGAAGCGCCAAAGCCAGUUGGCUCUCUACUUCUUUAAUAGUAUUUUAGCUCAUGGAGAUCUACGGAACAACAGACUAAACCAGCUUUCAGUCAAUCUCUGGAACCUGGCGCAGAAGCACGGCUUUGCUGACACCAAGACCAUGGUGAAAACACUGGAAUACAUCAAGAGGCAAAGCAAACAACCUGAAAUGAGUCAUUUUACAGAGCUGGCACUAAGACUCCCUCUGCAGUCCAGGACCUGAUGAAUGUUACCCUUUCCAGAGUCAUCUGUAAUGAAGGGCAUGUUUCCAAGUCCAUAAAAUAGAAGCUUUAUCCUGAGUUUUUAUUAGAGUUCAAUGUAUUUUCAUUUUUAAGUUUCACUUAAGAGUAUGACAGAUUGAUUUGGACAAGGUAAAGCUGUUCUAACAAAGUGCAAUAAUUUGAGCUAAGUUUGGUUCCACUGGUGUCAUUAAACAGAAACUGCUUGAAAUAUUUAGAUUCAGUAAAGUGUAUCUUAAAAUUUCUGAUGGCAAAUAACAUUCCAGACCUAAAUUUGACAUGACUCAAACCACACAGGAAGAAAAUUAUCCACAUAAGCAUAUUCAGGAGUUCACACUUCCCCCAUCUUCAUUCCAUUUAGGACACAUUAUUCUCUCCUGUGUGGGAGCAAUAUGUUGAUGUAACAUCCUACUUCGUGAUCAGCAGUAGUUCUAGAUGAGAAUUAUGCCUGACUUCUUUGUAGACAGGGUUGUUUCCAAUAUUCAUGUGGCUAGUUCCAAUCUAACAGGAAUAUGGCUGAGAUGUUACUGUUUUCUGGAUUUGAAAAAAUCAUUUUUGUAACACACUUUCACCAACAUGUUUAUACUUAUCAUUUUAGUCUAAAAAUGUUUUGUAAAAUGAAGGGAACCUCUACAUUUAAUCUGGCAAUCAGUGGGAAAGUCUUCAGAGGAAAAUGCAAAUGUAUUUUGAGUCCUCUGGGUUUUCAGUCCAAAUGCUCAGUAUCAUCAAAUAAAAACUGUUAAUGGGCA